AUGUGUCUCUUCCCCAAAGAACUUGGCAUUCCUGGACCUCUGCGUGUCAGUCGAGCGGCCAUAUCAGGAGCAGUGAGGAUUGCUGAUCUCCCAUUCCUCAACCGACUCCCUCUGGGACUUGUUGAUAUGGUUCAAUCUCAUUGCCCAGAUGCAUAUUUCUGGAAUAUGGUACAUCGCCUGAACCACAAGAAGCGAUUACGUUUUAGACAACCUAUGAUUACAACUCUAAUCAGAAAGGAUCUCUCCUGCACUACGUCUUGGAAGCGCGGCAAAGCUGCACCAGAUUCUGAGGAAAGACUAAAAGACCCUGAAUGUCUAUGCAUCACUCUUGAUUCGGACGGCAUUUGCGAAAUUCAGAGACUUCAGAAUCAUCCUCAUCCACCAAACCACGAUCCCAAUGUGAAGUUUAGGAGGCAUGUUCUCACCAACGAGAAAGACGUCAAGUCCGCCGAUGCCUACUUUCAAGUCAGUAUACCAAGACGUAGCAUGCCCAUAUGGUUCGCUAAUCGUAUAGGAUGGACUCUGCUGUCUGCGAGCACAUGCGGCUCACCCUGGUUUCCCGACCUGGGUCCUUCCGUCCGGUAG